UUUGUUAGAUUCAAUAUUCGAACAUUUUGAUGUCAAAUGAGCAAAAGUUCAAUCAUGGCUACAACAGUUCAAUCGUAGAGAUUGCACGCAAUUCAAUGAGAAAUAAAUUGAAAAAUCUACGGAAAGUCAAUUGUUUUAUAGGUUCAUUAUAGGUAAACUAUCAUGUUCUAUAGGUAAAGAUUCAAUUAUCCAAUCAAUGAAAAGAGUAAAAGCAUCAAAAGCACUAGUGUGUUUGAGCUGACUUUUUCAUGAUGGUACUUUUUAAUCAUGGCAAGCUUUAUGUUUACAAGUAUAUCAGCGAGCACUUUUCUUAAUUAUAAAAAUGCACAGCGAGUACUUAUUUCUUCAAUUUUACUCUUUAGCUUGAUUUAGUUGGUUAAUAUUUUGAAUAUACUUGUCUAUAAAUUCAAUUAUGGGUUCUAAUGGUUCCAAACAGAAAAAAGCGCAAGCGAUAGGCGAGUUCAGCUCUUCCUAUCAAAGGAACAGAGCCGAGCAUGAUCAAAACACUGAAACGCCACGAAACGAAGAGCCGAGACGAGAAAAACCCGAGCCCAAAAAGCUGAAACGAGAGGAGCCUAAAAAAGAGCAGCCAAAACGCGAUCCAGAACUUAUAGUAAUGUCUAAUACGAAGAAAGAGAGAAAGCACGUACGGGAAAAGCCGAAGAUGGAGACGGUUCAAGCGGAUCCGAGUGUCGAUAUUGAUUUUACAAACACAUCAAAUGAAACUGUGUAUGUUUUCAUUACCGAAAAAGGCAGGGAAAAACAAUGUGUGCUCGAACUUCAACCACUGAAAAGUGCCUCUGCUAAGUUACCGAAAGGUUCUGAGUUCCAAGCGAAAGAUCUUUAUGAAGAUUUUUACUUUUCUUCUGUAGCAGACGACCCAAAGGUUUGCUUCAUACCGAGUUCGCCAAUCGACGACAUGAACGAACAAACCAGCGUUCGGCUUUUCAACAAAUCCGAGCACCAAGCCACUGUUAGAACAGUUCCGAAUUCAUCAAUCAGCAGAAAACUGGGCGCGAGUGUCUUGAGUGAAAUUAGUUUCAUUUCUGAAAAAUCGGAUCUGUUCAUUCAGCCGAAACAAGAUUGUUUGAUUCAGAUAUUGGCCGAUAGAGAUGAAACUGUUUUUGAAUUAAUGUCGGCAAACAAAGCACAGCACUUCGAAAUAAACGAAGAUUUCACAGAUAUGAUUGCACUUGAACCGCCCAACGAAGUAUACAGCGAAGCUUCUUUUUUGGGAUUUCUGCUAAUGCUGCCUGAAAGUUUACUGAACAAAAAUCGAAACAAGGAUCUGUUCGAUGCAUUCCGCACUGACUUCGACGAGAUGAUCCGACUUCUGCCAAGUGAGGUUGUCGGCUUAAUGAGACGGGUGGCUCUGUAUGUGAACAAAGACAGCUCCGAUUGUGUGACUGGGCUUUGUUUUCACAGGGACAGAAAUUGGUUAGGCCUGAACAAUGAACCUUUUGAGAAAUACGGAGCAGUGGAGAUCAGAAAUGUGGACCAGUACCUGCAGAUUCGGUCUGGCAACUCGCCAGCUUGUCUGCUCCAUGAAUAUGCUCAUGCCUACUACUUCUUCACACUCGAAUUGAACCAGGCUCUGAUCCAGUACACUUACGAGAAUACUCUGGAGAAGGGACAGUACAUGAGUCUGGCAAACAAGAGACCCCAUUACGCCAUGACAG